CAUCGUGGCGAGGCGUUUCUGUUGCGAAUUCAGUCGAUAUGGAAGGCAUAAGAAGUUGGAUCAGUGGCAUGUUAUCGUGGAAAUGGUGCCCAACAUCGCAGGCUCAACUGGAAGACGCCGAGAAGAGAAUGUUGGCGCCUCUCACCUCUGCUGUGACUAGUCAGAUGGUUGACAUCGGUGAUGGCUGUCAGAUUCGAAGUAUUUCCAUCAACUCGUCUCAGCUGGACACUUCCAGUCACAUUCCUCUCGUCCUUGUUCACGGUUUUGGAGGUGGAGUUGGCAUCUGGAUAAAGAACUUGGACGAACUGAGUCGUCAUCGUUCUGUUUAUGCGUUUGAUGUGCUUGGAUUUGGUCGUAGUUCGAGACCUAAAUUUAGUGACUGCCCUGUGAAGGCCGAAGAUCAGUUAGUUGAGUCAAUAGAGAAGUGGAGGGCCGAGCUUGGAUUAGAGAAGUUUGUUCUCUUGGGUCACAGUCUGGGAGCGUAUCUUGCGUCGGCAUAUGCAAUCAAGUUUCCUGAGAGAGUGGAACAUGUUGUGUUGGCUGAACCUUGGGGUUUUCCUGAGCAGCCGCUUGAUGCAGCAGAGAGGUUUGCCAGACGGGUGCCAAUGUGGGUGAGGAUGAUGGUCAGAGUUAUGGAGCCGUUUAAUCCACUGGCAGGAAUUAGAGCAGCUGGACCUUGGGGACCAAAUCUCAUUGUCAGGUUUCGUUCUGAUAUUCAGGCAAAGUAUGACACAGUCUUCGGUGACGAUACAGUCGUUAACUACAUUUACCACUGCAACGCACAAACACCUUCUGGUGAAUCAGCUUUCAAGGCAAUGACGAAGUCGUUUGGCUGGGCCAGGCAUCCUAUGAUUCAAAGAAUCCACGAAUUAGAUCACAGCAUUCCAAUAACCAUGAUCUAUGGGAGUCGUACUUGGAUGGACAUCUCAGUCAGUGACAAGGUAAAAGAGCUGAGACCAUACUCGUACGUUGAUGUCAAACAGAUUGAUAAAGCCGGCCAUCACAUUUACUCGGAUAAGAGCGACGAGUUCAACGACAUUGUCAUCGGGAUAUGUAACAAUGUACACCAAGAUCUACAUCACAGCGAACAAUCCGGGCAAUAGAUAACCUUGCUGUCAAUGUCUCUAAUUUUAUUAUCGAUUUAUACCAAAUUUGUGAGUACACGUAUAGUUUAAGAGGUAGUUGAUAUUAAUGUAUCUGCAUCAUGACUGUUGGUAAUUUAUUAUUUAAUUAUCUCUAGUGUCUGUCUACUGAUCAAUUAUGUGACUUUUUGAAUUCAAAGAUUGCAGACUA